AUAUAUGGUUCGUCAUAGGUUUAGAGGUCGGGAAUGAAAUUAGGAACCGAUUCUCUUACAGAAUUGCUUGAAUCAUCAAUCAACAAUGACUUCCCAAGAAGGAUCACAGACCAUCAGCCUGAAGCUUCUGAUAGACAAGAAGAACAACAGAGUAGUAAUGGCUGAAACUGAAGGUGACUUUGUAGAUAUUCUUUUCAGUUUCUUUACUAUGCCAAUGGGAACUAUGGUGAGACUCAUCAGCAAAAAUUCAAAGCCAGCCACUAUUGGGAUCAUAACCAGUCUAUAUAAAGAGGUGGAGAAGCUUGAGGAGCAACAGCUUCUGCAGACUCAGGCAUGCAAGUCCAUGCUACUUCAUCCAAGAAAUCCUUAUGAAAAUAUGUGCAGGAAACUGAAGCUGAAUAUUGAUGAUACAGAGCCCACCAAGUACUAUAUUUGUGCUGAUUGGAAUUGCAGCCGACGAGAGAGUGGUGGUUUGUAUACUACUUUCAAGAAUGUCAGAUGCAAUUGUGGAAAAAUGAUGGACAAGGAGAUACUCAUGGCAAAAGAAGUUGUUGCUGCAAGACCUGAUCAAGGAGAUGGUGGAAGAGUGUUUCUUGGUGAAACGAACCAGUUCAUGGUAACGGAUGAUUUGCAGGUAGAGGCCAUGUCUCCAACUACGAUUGUGACACUGUUGCACAAACUUGGGGUCAAAGACAUGGGUUCACUCCAAGAGACUACACUGAGUAUUGGCUCAGAGGAGAUUUUGAAUCUGCUCGAGGGAUCAUUAUUUUCCAAGACACCUCUAACAGAUGUGUUUCUUAGAAAGCGAGAAUUUACAUCUGAAGGUUUAAAAUAUGAGAUGGGAGAUGAAUUGCAGUCUUCAUGGGACUAUGGUAGUUCUAUGACUUUGAAGUUAAUGAUGAGUAAGUCAAUGAACAAAGUAUUAUAUGCUGAAGCCAAGGAAGACAUGGUUAACUUUCUCCUCAGCAUCCUUACCUUUCCUCUUGGAUCCAUUUUACAACUCUUGGGUGGGAAAUCAUCACUGGGUUCCAUGGAUAAUCUGUACAAUAGUGUUCAUAGGAGCUGUGAUUAUGGUGGUGGUCUAAGUUGCCUGCUGCAGCGACCCAAUCUCUGCCGUGGUUUUGGUUGUAGUAGCAACCCACUAAAUGUAAAUGAAACUGAAACUGCACAGCCUCCUUAUUCCUUGUGGUGUAGAAGUUAUGCAAGUGGACAGAAUAAAACUGAUCCUUACACUGGCUACCUGACUACUAAGAGGCCUAAUAUAAAUGCUAUUACUGAUUGUCUUUCACAAUUACGCCUUGUGAAUCCCAAGUCUCCAACAAGUGAAACAGUAGAGCAUCGAGGAGGAUUUGUCAAGAGGCCGGCAAAGUUCAUGGUAACAGACAAUUUGGUCUUCACUCCGCUAGCUUCUAUCUCGAGUCUUUCCUUUCUUAAAAGUGCAGAGUUUUCCCUAGAUGACUUGGAGGUUCGAAUGAUUAACGUAGGCUGGAUGGAGGCCUUGAGGAUAUUGAAGGCUUCUCUCUUCUCCAAUACGGUAUUGACUGAUGCCUUGGUUAACUUUGGCUUAAAGAUUCCCAAGCAAGAAAAUUAAACGUUGAUGAGGACAUCACAGGACUUGAAAUAGCCUAGAGUUGUUUGAUUUAAUUAACAUGCUCAGACUUGAGGCUUGUGUUUGUCAUCACACUAGUUAAUAGAAUUUUUAGUUUGUAUUUAUUUUAGUACUAAGAAAUUUUUUUAUUUUGUUGAUCCAACAUAUUGCACAUUCAUAAGAAGAUAAUCAAUCAUUCCUCAUUGUGCUCAAACAAGGAUUUAUAUUAGAUUGUUCCAUUGUUUGGUCCUCAACAUCAUAACAAAUGGUUUAUUUUACU